AUGAGAGCACAUGGCAUAACAUUAGGCAUACCAGCCCUCUGCGGCUUCCGAUUCAAUGUCGAGGAAUCAACAAUCAAUGCGAAGAAAAAUGAUUUGAAGAGAGACUUAAAGUGUGAGAAGAAGUGGCAGCUAUUGUGCGAAGACUUACAUAUAAAACAGCAUGUGUUGCAAAUACCGGAGCUCUGCUUUCUAUUUAGACACCCGUUUGCCAUUCAAUUCAUAAAAUCGAAGAAAUCUACUAAAAACUCUUUCCUCAAAGUGAUUAAUGCCUCAAAUACUGCUUGGAAACUGUUAAAGUUUGGUUACCACUAUACGUAUAAAAACUCCGCCAAAAUGCAAUCAGCGUCCGUAUACUUGGUUACAGUCAUUCACUCAUAUUUAAUGCUCAACUAUUUGGUCGUGUCGUUAGAAUUCACGAAACGACAUAACGUAUAUCUAGCAGCUCUUGAGGUCCCGACCGUUGAGGAAAUCAAUACAAAACUUUUUAACUCCGGAGACCCAAUUGUUUUGGCCGACAAUUGGCGUACACUAUAUUUAAGAGCACGUUUGCAAAGACAGAGAGAAAAUUGUUUCGCCAAAAAUCAGAGAAAACUAUUUCAAUGGCAUAGGAGGGGAACGAGUGUGGAGAAGCGAUCAGCACUU